GAGAGUUAAUGCUGCACUGCCAUAGGUCAAACUUACCUGAAACCCAGAAGCAAAAGCAAAAGCAAAACCAAAACGAAGAAACACGUUUGUGAGUUGGAGGAAGAGUAAGAAGAAAAGAUUUUCAGUGAAAACAUGCUGGCCAGAAAUGGCUCCUUCGUGACUGAGUUUGUCCUUGCUGGUUUGACAGAUCGUCCAGAGCUCCAGCUGUCCCUCUUUUGCCUGUUUCUAAUGAUCUACAUUGUCACAGUGUUGGGAAACUGUGGCCUGAUCGCCCUGAUUGGUCUCAAUCCUCACCUUCACACCCCCAUGUACUAUUUCCUCUUUAAUCUCUCCUUCAUCGAUCUCUGCUACUCUUCUGUCUUCAGUCCCAAAAUGCUGAUGACCUUCAUCUCUGAGAGGAAUUCCAUCUCUUACGUGGGGUGCAUGACUCAGCUGUUUUUCUUUCUCUUCUUUGUCAUCUCUGAAUGCUACAUGUUGACCUCAAUGGCCUAUGAUCGCUAUGUGGCCAUCUGUAAUCCACUGCUGUAUAAGGUUACCAUGUCCCCUCAGGUCUGUUCUGUGAUAUCUUUCUCUGCUUAUGGGAUGGGGUUUGCUGGAGCCUCUGCCCACACAGGCUGCAUGCUCAGACUGACCUUCUGCAAUGCUGAUGUUAUUAACUUUUACCUGUGUGACAUUCUGCCCCUUCUCCAGCUUUCUUGUACCAGUACCUAUGUCAAUGAGGUUGUAGUUCUCAUAGUUGUGGGUAUUAACAUAACAGUCCCCAGCUGUACCAUCCUCAUUUCUUACAUUUUCAUCCUUGCCAACAUUCUAAACAUCAAAUCUACACAAGGAAGAUCAAAAGCCUUCAGUACAUGUAGCUCUCACAUCAUGGCUAUCUCCCUGUUUUUCGGAUCAGGGGCAUUCAUGUAUCUUAAUCAUUCUGGAUCUGUGGACCAGGGAAAAAUUUCUUCUGUUUUCUACACUAAUGUGGUUCCCAAGCUCAAUCCUCUCAUCUACAGUUUGAGGAACAAAGAUGUCAAAAUAGCAUUUAAGAGAGUUAUGCUUAAAGUCUACAGUAUGUUCAUAUCUUAAUUAGAAAUGAAAUAAUAUAAAGAAUUUAAAUUUAAAUUUCUAUUUAAAUUUAAAUUUUGAUUUAAAUUUAAAUUUUGGUUUAAAUUUAAAUUUAAAGAAUCUUGUUUUACUGGCAUCUUCCUGAAGAUUAUUUUGUUGAUGCCAGUGUGGCUUUGACAUGCUUUGAUCUUGUGUUUAAAGUUGUUAGUGAUAUUCUGACAUAUUGGUGUCAUAACAAUCACAUGUAACUUCCAGGCUGUGCUCUAUCAUUGCUCUAGUCUUUCAAUAAUUUUGCCGUCUCUAUUUUUAGAACUUUAGGUAUACUUCUGCUAAAGAAAUAUCCAUAAAAAUAGUAAAUCUUUUCUGGAUUAACCCAGCAAACAAAUGUAUAAGUACCAAUAAAAUAUAAUAUGUAAGUUAACUUUGGAUAGAGACUGCAGUGCUUAUAGGAUCUACUAGUUUCCUGUUAAGGGAAGCAAUUGGAAGAGCAGAGUUUACUGUAAAUCUGUAACCAAGGCUCUUUUACAUGCAUUCUAGUGCUCACUUUGCCAUGCAUCAAAUGCAUCACAGUAUACACACAGUCUUAUUUAAAGGCAUUGCUUCAUUUUCUGGUACGGACUAAGGUUGGCCGAUUUCUCACAGAGUUGGCCACUUUUAAUAUUCCUUUCAAAACAAGCAUUCCUAUGCUGCUUUAUUGAAGCCUUCCUAGGAUCCUGCUACUCCCUUUUACAACUGCCCUCAGUCUGAAUGUUUCCCACACAAUUCCCUGUCUCUUUCAGAUGGAAGAUUUUCUCUUUGAUAUGAGGUUUUCCCCACUGAUUCU